AUGAAGCUUUUGACGAUAAUUCCGAUAUUGGCAAAAGCUCAGGAUUAUUAUUACGAAUACGAUGGUUCCGGUGAAAUCUACGAAUACGAAUAUAUCAACCCUAGAAGCAGAGUUUCAACAUCAGGCCUUCAGUUUACAGAGGAAGAGAUAAAGGAAGCACAAGAGAAGCAGAAGUUCGAAUUCGAAGGCUCCGGAAUGACGGGAGAAGAUCUGGUAGGAACUUUUUCUUUCGAGACGGGAGGGUACUCUUAUGAAGAUGGGCAAGCCGCCGCGGCGAUUCUUGAUGAAUUCGGAAGGGCGAAAAAACCUGUCAGAAAGCCAUUAAGAAAGCCGACGAAAAAGCCGACAAAGAAGCCGACAAAGAAACCGACAAAGAAGCCCACAAAGAAGCCUACUACAACUGAAACUACCAAGGUUACAACAACAUCCACAACGACAACCACCUCCACAACAACUACUACAGAAGAGCCAACAACAACGGAAAUCGUCACAACAACGUCCACAACAACGACGACUUCCACAACCAUCCCGACCAAAAAAGUCACAUUCUCCGAUCAAUUCGCAUUUUUGGCCGCCGGAAACUCGCAGAAUGCAAAUGGCGGUUUUGGUCUCUUUGGAAGCUCAAAGGAAGAUUUUGAGCAAGAAAGAGGGAAGAAGAAUAAGAACAAAAAGAGCAACAAGAAUCAAGUCAUUGGAAACUACAAUCAAAAGAAUCAGAAUAACUACCAAAGCUACUUCCAGGCUCAAUUGAAGAACGAGGAAGAGUUUUCUUGUUGGACUUGUUCUCGAAGCUACUGGGAAAAGGACUCGACUGGGGAUAUGUAUCUCGAUUGCCGAACCCACGGGGAAAUGGUCACGUGUCCAAGGCAAAAAGAAGACUUGGGUUCGGACCAUUUCUCCUCGGCAAACAGUUGUCAGAUCACAGAGCGGCGCUUUUUCGGAAUUGUGACCGAACUUCAUGUUGGAUGCAAACAGACAAGGGCUUGCCAUGCAAACUUCAAGCAAAAUACCAUGAAUGGAAGUGUCUACGGCAGAUCGUGUCGCCCUGAAAGCACCUUUGGUAUUUCAACCUGUCGCCAAUGCUGCUCUGCUUCGGAGUGCUAUUCUGACUCGACGAUAUUGGCUGAAAGUUUUGACAAAGAAUCUGAAUGGCUUGAUGAAACUUAUCACGCGACUCUAACGGAAGUUUAG